AUGAAUCCAAUCACCGAAUAUGGCUUCACAGCCGUCCCCGCCUCGGCCGAAGCCCUUCUAAACUCAACGCCAGAAUACCCACGUCUCCACGCCAACCCACCCCCAAUCCCCGUCACCGAAACCCCCAUCCCCACCACUCCUCUGGCCCAGCGUAUCAACAGCUACGCCAAAGCCCAUCUUCCCGAGCCAACCUACAACCAUUCUCUCCGCGUAUACCACUACGGCCUCGCCAUCAAGAAACACCGCCUCUCCUUCUCCGACUGGGCCUUCUCGGACGAAACAUACUUUCUCGCCUGCGUGCUGCACGACAUCGGUACAACCGAAACUAACCUCCACGCCACACAUCUGAGCUUUGAGUUUUUUGGCGGGUUCCUGGCGCUGCGGCUACUCCAAGAGCAAGGUGGGUCCGCGCCUCGAGAGCAGGCGGAGUCUGUGGCGGAGGCUAUCAUCCGGCAUCAGGAUCUGUGCCAGGUUGGAAAGAUAACUGCCGUGGGACAGCUACUACAACUUGCGACAAUCUUUGAUAACACCGGCACAUAUGCCGAUCUUGUCCAUCCAGAUACCAUCAAGGACGUUUCUGCACAUUUCCCGCGUCACCACUGGAGCGGUUGCUUCGCCGCGACCAUCCGUCGGGAAAACGGACUUAAGCCGUGGGCGCAUACGACGGCGCUAGGGGAGGAGGCUUUUCCCGCCAAGGUGUUGGGAAAUACUUUGAUGGAGCCAUAUGAGUGA